AUGAUACAGCGUAUUGAGGAACAUGAGAUCGCUCAGUCCUCCAUUCCUCAAGGGACGGACAUCUCACCAUCGACCUCCGAAGAAGUCCCCGAUAGCGAGAAAAAUGUCUUUGAGCACAUCCGCCCCGAAGAUCGCCAGCAUCUGUCUCGUACUGCUUCCAACUUCCCCCGGCAUCGUGCGGCCGAUUCGGGUGUUGGGGGAAUGGACAUGGAGCGCAAGGACACACUGCAAGAUAUCGAGCUAGGAGACCCAGUCCUAGACCCCACGAGUGACCAAUUCGAGCAUUACAAAUGGGCUCGUAUGAUUCUCAGGCUAAUGGACAAGGAAGGUGUACCUCUACGCAAAUCGACCGGCGUGGUGUGGGAGAACCUCAACGUCUCCGGCUCCGGUUCCGCACUGCAGUAUCAGAACAAUGUCGGUUCGGUUCCUCUGGCUCCAUUCAGACCGCAGGAGUAUAUUUCUUGUGGCAAACGCGAUCAGCAGAAGCACAUUCUCCGUGGAUUUGAUGGCGUUCUCAAAAGCGGCGAGUUGCUUAUCGUUCUCGGACGACCUGGAAGUGGCUGUUCGACCUUCCUUAAGUCCCUCUCUGGUGAACUUCAUGGACUGAAGGUAGGGAAAAGCUCGGAUAUUCAGUUCAAUGGUAUCCCUAUGGAAAAGAUGUACAAGGAGUUCAAGGGAGAAGUUCUCUAUAACCAAGAGGUCGACAAGCAUUUCCCACACCUUACCGUGGGCCAGACGCUUGAAUUCGCUGCGGCUGCCCGGACUCCGGAGAACCGUCUCAAUGGAAUUAGCCGUGCUAAAUAUGCUAAGCAUAUCACCCAGGUUGCUAUGGCUGUUUUGGGAUUGAGUCACACGUACAACACGAAAGUUGGCGAUGACUACAUUCGCGGCGUUUCUGGAGGCGAGCGGAAACGAGUUAGUAUUGCCGAGAUGGCGUUGUCAGGAGCGCCAGUCGGAGCUUGGGAUAACAGUACCCGAGGGCUCGAUUCUGCCAGUGCCCUGGAAUUCGCCAAGUCUCUGCGAGUCUCUGCGAAUCUGACCGGCGCCUGUCACUCCGUCGCAAUCUAUCAGGCCUCUCAGGCAAUCUACGACGUCUUCAAUAAGGUCAUUGUGCUCUACGAGGGUCGGGAGAUCUUUUUCGGACCCGUUGGUGCGGCCAAAGACUACUUCAUUGACAUGGGUUGGGAGUGUCCGUCCCGUCAAACGACCGGCGACUUCUUAACUUCAGUCACAAACCCCCAGGAACGAACUGCUCGCGAAGGCAUGGAAAACAAAGUCCCACGCACACCUGAUGAGUUUGCGGUGUACUGGAAGAAGAGUCCUCACUACACCGCUCUCCAAAAGGAAAUCGCUCAGUAUCGGGAGGAAUAUCCGCUAGGAGGAGCUGCGGAGAAAGACUUUGAUGAGACGAAGAGGCUACGCCAGGCAAAGCACGUCCGGCCAAAGAGUCCCUACGUCAUCUCUAUUCCGAUGCAGGUUCGGCUUUGUGUGAAACGAGCUUAUCAGCGCAUUUGGAAUGACAAACCCUCUACAAUGACUACCGUCAUUGGGAGAAUUGUUAUGUCUCUCAUCAUCGGUUCAAUCUACUUUGGGACACCUAAUGCGUCGGCCGGUUUUCAGAGUAAAGGCGCUGCACUUUUCUUCUCCGUUUUGCUGAAUGCUCUAAUCAGUAUCACUGAAAUCAAUUCGCUUUACGACCAACGGCCUAUCAUCGAGAAGCAAGCAUCCUAUGCAUUUGUUCAUCCAUUUACAGAGGCUCUGGGCGGAAUAGUUGCAGACAUACCGGUCAAGUUUGUUUCUGCAGUAGUGUUCAACAUCAUCUUCUACUUUUUGGCUAGUUUGAGAUACGAGCCCUCUCAGUUUUUUAUCUUCUUCCUAUUCACGUUUCUCAGUACGUUGGCAAUGUCAGGCGUCUUCCGAACUCUAGCUGCGUCAACCAAGACCCUCGCACAAGCUAUGUCUAUGGCUGGAGUCAUUGUCCUGGCGAUCGUCAUUUACACUGGUUUCGUGAUUACUGCACCCGAAAUGGCCAAAAUUCCGUGGUUUAGCUGGAUCCGCUGGAUCAAUCCGGUCUUCUAUACCUUCGAGGCCCUGGUUGCCAACGAGUUCCACGGUCGCCGCUUCGACUGUUCCCAAUUCAUCCCCGCGUACCCGAAUCUAUCAGGUGACUCUUUCAUCUGUGCUGUUCGUGGCGCCGUUGCUGGUGAAAGAACGGUGUCCGGUGAUGCCUAUAUUCAAACGCAAUAUAACUAUUCCUACGCGCACGAGUGGCGGAAUCUUGGUAUUCUCAUUGGAUUCUGGAUAUUCUUCACGGCUUUGUACCUCAUUGCCUCCGAGCUCAAUUCUGCAACUUCUUCGACGGCAGAAUAUUUGGUUUUCCGGAGAGGCCAUGUGCCUGCUCAUAUGCGUCAUCUUGGAAAAGCUGGUGGUGAUGCAAAGGCGGCAGAAGUGGCGGUAGCUCCCAAGGAUUCUGAAAAGGAGAAAGAUACCUCGGCCAUCCCAUCCCAGCAUGACGUCUUCACUUGGCGGAACGUUUGCUAUGAUAUCCCAAUCAAAGGAGGCGAGCGACGACUUUUGGACAAUGUCUCUGGAUGGGUGAAGCCUGGCACUCUGACAGCUUUGAUGGGUGUUUCUGGAGCUGGUAAGACGACGCUGCUUGAUGUCCUGGCCAAGCGUGUCUCUAUCGGAGUUGUUACUGGUGAUAUGCUUGUCAAUGGCAAACCAUUGGAUACCAGUUUCCAAAGAAAGACUGGUUACGUUCAGCAGCAGGAUCUCCACCUUUCAACUACGACCGUCCGAGAGGCUCUGCGGUUCAGUGCCAUGCUACGCCAGCCUAAAACCGUAUCAAAGAAGGAGAAAUAUGAAUAUGUCGAGGACGUUAUCAAGAUGCUCGGUAUGCAAGACUUCGCGGAAGCGAUUGUCGGCAAACCGGGCGAGGGUCUGAAUGUUGAGCAGAGGAAGCUGUUGACUAUCGGCGUUGAGCUGGCUGCUAAACCUGCCCUUCUUAUUUUCCUCGACGAGCCCACCAGUGGAUUGGACUCGCAGAGCUCUUGGGCAAUCUGCUCUUUCUUGCGAAAACUGGCAGAGCAUGGCCAGGCUGUACUCUCAACUAUACAUCAACCGAGUGCGCUGCUAUUCCAGCAGUUUGACCGUCUGCUCUUCCUCGCCAAAGGAGGGAAGACGGUCUACUUCGGUGGAAUUGGAGAGCAGUCGCGAACUCUUCUGGAUUAUUUUGAAGGUAACGGAGCGAGAGUUUGCGGCUCAUCCGAGAACCCUGCGGAAUACAUGCUGGAGAUUAUUGGCGCCGGUGCAUCUGGCAAGGCCACUAAGGACUGGUCGUCGGUGUGGAAUGAGAGUCAGCAGGCCAAGGACGUACAGACUGAGAUCACUCGCAUCCACGACGACCGGGCUUCGGCUGGCACUUCCCAAGAAGACGGCACUCACAUUGGUGAAUAUGCAAUGCCAUUCAUGUCCCAGAUCUGGUACGUGACCCAUCGCUCAUUCCAAGGAUUUUGGCGAGAGCCGUCCUACGUCUGGGCGAAGAUUAUGCUGGCUACUUUGUCAUCUAUCUUCAUCGGUUUCACAUUCUGGAUGCCGGAUAGCUCGCUACAGGGAUUCCAGGAUGUGAUUUUCAGUGCAUUCAUGCUGUGUUCCAUUUUCUCAACGCUCGUGCAGCAGAUCAUGCCCAAGUUCGUCGUUCAGCGCUCUCUCUACGAAGUGCGCGAACGGCCCUCCAAAGCCUAUUCCUGGGCAGCGUUCCUUAUUGUCAACGUCAUCGUCGAGAUCCCAUAUCAGAUCUUUGUUGGAGUUAUUGCCUGGGCAGCUUACUACUACCCGAUCUACGGAGCCGAGCAAGCGUCCCACCGUCAGGGUCUGAUGCUCCUUUUCGUGGUCCAGUUCUACAUCUUCACCUCAACCUUUGCGGCCCUGGUUAUCUCAGCCCUGCCAGAUGCCGAAACUGGUGGAACAAUCGCAACCUUGAUGUUCAUUAUGACUCUGACCUUCAACGGAGUCAUGCAGCCUCCCAGUGCCUUGCCCGGAUUCUGGCUGUUCAUGUACCGUGUUUCUCCCCUGACUUAUCUGGUUGCCGGUAUCACCGCGACAGGUCUGCAUGGCCGACUGAUCCAUUGCUCUGCCGCCGAGUUGAGCGUUUUGAACCCUCCAUCUGGGUUGACCUGCGGUGCAUACUUGAAUCGAUACGUCACUGCUGCCGGAGGCCAGCUUUACAACCCUGCUGCUACAGCAAACUGCCAAUAUUGUCAAUUGACAAACGCAGAUCAGUACUUGGCUUUUAGUAACAUCUUCUACAGUGAACGCUGGCGCAACUUUGGCCUCGGCUGGGCCUACAUUGGAUUUAACAUCAUGGGAACUGUGUUGAUGUACUACAUGUUCCGCGUCAAGCACUACAAUCCAACGUCGCUGGUGCGUGGUAUUUGCAAUGGCGCUUCGUUCCUAUGCCGGGUGUUCAAACGGCGUUCUGGAAAGACACCCAAGGGGAAAGAGGCAAACAAUGGUCGGUUGGUCUAG